ACCUCCGGGCUCCGCUCUGAACUUUGCCUGGCCGCCGGUCCCGGGCUCUCGCGGGGCUCCCCUCUGCUCCCCGCUGCCCCAGCGGCCCCCCGCUCGCCCUGCCUCGCAGGAUGCAGAUCUCACCCUUGCUGGCUGGUGGACUUUUACUUGCGCUGCUCUCCGUGAGGCUGGAGGCGAAGCCGGCGGCUCAGCUCCCGCAGAAGGUAAGGCGGGCUGCGUCCCGCCGCGGCUCCCGCGGCGCGGCGGCGGCGGCGGCGGCGGGCUCGCCCGAGGCGGCGGGCGCCGAGCGCGACAAGGAGAAGGAGAAGGAGAAGGGCCGCGGCGGCGGCGGCCAGGCCCCGCGGGAGGCGCGGGCCGAGGCGCGGCCGCGGGCGGGCUGGGCGCGGCUGCUGCAGGACCCGCCGGCCCGCCGCCACAAGGGCCUCCACAAGAAGGGCCUCGGCAAGGGCUGCUUCGGCCUCAAGCUCGACCGCAUCGGCGCCAUGAGCGGCCUCGGCUGCUAGGCCGCCCCCUGGCGGCGGGCUUUGAAUCAGUAGUCCAUUUUUUCCCCACCGUGGCCGUGCAUGGCCAUCCCCCAGGCAACGCCUAGAAGAGCAGAGACCCCCCUCCCCCCAAAAUGGACAAAAGAUGUGGCUGUGUUUUUCUUUUCGGUACGAGGAGUCAUGGCACCAGCUGUUUUGGUUUUGUUAUUUUUUUAAAAAGUGCUCUCUAUCUUAUAUAUAUUAUAUAUACAAACACUCACCAAGACAAGGGACAGUGCUUUUCCAAGAGACUGAUGAAGCCAGCUGUAUAACGUUGCUGUUUGUAAAUUCAUGUCAUGCAUAAAUGUAUUUAUGUUGUAAAGCUAUUUAUAUAUUGUUUA